AUACUUUUAAGAAUGAUCUUUUCGAAACGAUAAAUAUAUCGAAGUAAUCUCGAAAUAUAUCUAUCUAUAGUAAUAGUAACUUCCAAUAGCCACAUUAGUUGGUACUCGUGCAAUACGUGUUAUUAUGCGUACGCAGCUGUUAAAUAUUAAUUUAUUUGUAAAUAUCUACAAAUUUUUGUCAUGACAAACGAAGAUAUCGUAUGGGAAGAGUUAUCAAAGAUAUCUGCAGAUCCUCCUGAAGCAAGAGACAAGUGUAUACAAUGCAAAAGACCGGUAGCAGUAUGUUGGUGUCCUGGACUUCCAAAACAACGAUUACGUCCUGAAUCUAGGAUUAUCAUUUUACAGCAUCCAGCAGAAGUAAAACGUUGUUUACGUACAGCUCCUAUGCUAGCACUUGGUUUAGAAGAUGGAAAGUGUAUGACUUUUAGAGGGAAAAAGUUUCCGUUGCCUAAACACGAAGGUUUAGCAGAAAUUUUAAAUGACAAAGAUACAAUUUUAUUGUAUCCAUCACCCGGUGCUAUGGCUCUGAAUAAAUUAGAUCCAGUAGGUACAAAUGGACAAAGACCAUAUAAUUUAGUAUUAUUGGAUGGUACUUGGCCACAGGCAAAGGCCAUAUAUCAUGCAAGUCCAGCAUUAUAUUUACUUCGAGCCUAUAAACUAGUAGGAGUACCAGCAAGCGAGUAUGUCAUUCGAACACAACCAACCGAAGGGUGCUUAUCCACUCUUGAAACAGGUGCAUUGGCACUUUCAAUUUUAGAAGGAAAUCAACAGUUAAGAAAUAUUAUGCUUGGGCCUUUACAUUACCUCUGCAGAUUUCAACUUGAAAAUGGGGCAGUAACACAUCAGAGUAAAGAGUUUUUAAUCAAGCAGAAGACUUACCCUAAACUUAUAGGCAGACGAUUAGCUAAACAAUUGCGAAUGUUACCGGAGGAAUCCUAGCAGAGUAAUGCAUAAAAUAAAUUAUUAAAAUAAGUUUUUA